AUCGCGUGCCUUUGACCUCGACGGAGAGUCGCGGGGCGCGCAUACUACGACCACGAGGAGGAGUUCUCAGUAGACUCGCGCGAGUCACAGCAGAUCGCGGGCCCCAACUCGCGUCUUAUAGUCUUUCUCUUUCUCAACGAGAAAGAAGAAACGAACCGGUGAGGAAGUUGCGUCCCUUCGCGUGGCACAUUCGAAAUGGGUUCAAUCGUCGACCCUCUGUACCUGGGCCUGGACCUCAGCACUCAGCAGCUUAAAGCCGUCGUCGUUGAUGAAAAACUCAAGAUCUUGCAUCAAGCUUCCGUGCACUUCGACAGCGACCUGCCAGAAUUCAGGACCCAUGGCGGAGUAGUGCUCAACAAGAUGAAUCCGCAGGUCGUGACGACGCCGACGCUUCUAUGGGUCAAAGCCCUGGACAUGCUGAUGGACCGAUUGACGGUGAGCGGCGUGGACUUCUCGCAAAUCGCAGCAAUUUCCGGCACCGCUCAACAACACGGAUCGGUGUAUUGGUUGCGAGGUGCAGACGAUCGUCUGAAAGAUCUGGAUCCUAAUCAGUUUCUUCAUCAGCAGUUGGGUAGUUGCUUCGCCACGUCCAACAGCCCCGUGUGGAUGGACAGCAGCACCAGUCAGCAGUGCAAGAAACUGGAGGAAGCUGUUGGUGGUCCUGAAGAGUUGUGUCACAUAACUGGCUCGAAAGCUUACGAAAGGUUUACAGGGGCGCAGAUCGCCAAAAUCGCUGAAAUUCGAAAGGAAACCUACAAUAAUACUGACAGGAUUUCUUUGGUGAGCAGCUUCUUAUGCUCUCUGUUUUUGGGCAGAAUAGCACCGAUCGACUACAGCGACGGAUCAGGCAUGAACUUGAUGGACAUCCGCACCAAACAAUGGGAUCAGUCGUUACUGGAAGCAUGCGCUACGAAUUUGGAGCUGAAACUGGAUGGACCAGUCGAAUCGUCUAGUGUGCUAGGAACCAUCUCGCCCUAUUACGUAGAGCGAUGGGAGUUCAGCAAGGACUGCAAAGUCGUCGCGUUCACCGGUGAUAAUCCGGCCUCUUUGAUAGGUAUGCGAUUGGAUCAAGGAUGGUUAGCCGUCAGUUUAGGUACAAGUGAUACCAUGUUUCUGUGGCUCGACCAACCUAAGCUUGUGCCCGAAGGUCACAUAUUCUGUAACCCGAUAGACUCUGAAGCGUACAUGGCUUUACUAUGCUUCAAAAAUGGAUCGUUGACGCGAGAGAAGAUCAGAGAUGAUUGCACCGAAGGCUCCUGGGAUAUUUUCAAUCAACUUCUUGAUAGCACGCCUAGAGGGAAUUUCGGGAAUUUAGGAUUCUACUUCCAUACGCAUGAAAUAAUACCAUUCACGUGUGGUGAAUAUAGGUUCAACAAGGCCAACGAGAAGAUCGUCAAGUUCACCAGCUUGGAAGUAGAGGUGAGAGCGUUGAUCGAAGGCCAGUUUAUAGGGAGGAGAGCGCACAUCGAGGAUAUAGGCUUCAAAUUUGAUGAAAAUACUAGAAUCCUGGCUACCGGUGGCGCCUCUAAGAAUAAAUCAAUACUCCAAGUGAUUUCCGACGUCUUCAACGCACCCGUCUACGUGCAGGAAACGGCCGAUUCCGCAAUGCUGGGCGCAGCUUACCAGGCGAAGUACGCCUUGCACAAGAGCGAAAGUACAUACAAAGAGAUCACAUCCUGUCUUCCUGAGCCGCAAUUAAUCUGCGAGCCGUUCACCGACGCUGAGGACAUCUACGGACCCAUGGUUAUAAGAUACAGGAAACUGAUCGCCGAUAUUAUGAAAUAAAGGAUAAAGAAGGAUGACCCUU